UAUGAAAGUACGAAUUUUUGUACAACGUUCAAAAUAAGGAUUGCCGAGACCAAAGAAAACGACAAGAGGCUUGGGAGGAAAUUGGUGGGACAAUAAACAAAAACUGGCAAUAAUGUAGAGACAGUUGGACAAAGCUGAGAAAUGCCUACACCAGCGCCUUAAAAAGAAGAAGGACGACUGUAGUGGCCAAGCAGCAAAAAAAAUUCUGAAGUGGAAAUAUGAAGAUCAAAUGUCAUUUUUGGCACCCCAUCUGGAACCCAGAGCAUCACAAAGCAACUUUUAGUCUCAGAAUGGAUACACGGUGGAAAGUCAAAGUGAGGAAAAUGGCAGACAGAGGACUGAUAUUGUUGAAACGCAAGAUAAAGAAGAUCGCGAUGAAGUUCAGGCUACGAAUAUAUCUUUAAAUUCACUUCCUGAAGACAUUAUCAGACAAAAAGAAAAUGGAGAAGUCAAUGAGUGACUGACCAUAUGAGGUCUCAAACCCCACCUCCAGAUCAACCUGCAGUAAAAACUACUGAUCCUAGUGAGGAUAUCGAUUCGUUUUUCCUAAGUUUAGCUAAAACUAUAAGAAAACGUCCCUACAAUGAACAAGUUCGUCUCAAAAUGGGCAUUGGGUCGGUCAAAAGUAACUAUGUUAUUUUUUAUUUUGGUACUAGUCGUUAUAGUUGUACUGAUUUACAUAUAUUUUCAUAAUGCUUACAAAUAUUGGAAAAAAUUGAGAGUUCCGCAACUUAAUCCCCAAUUUCCUUUUGGAGAUAUGGCUGGUGUCAUAUUUAGAAAACAAAAUAUGGGAGACAGAAUAAAACAAAUUUACCUAAAUGAAAGAAAUAAAGGACACGAUUUCGUCGGGUUGUACUUUUUCAGCAGAAAGGCAUUUUUACCACUUGACCCAAUCCUGAUUAAGAACAUUCUAGGGAGAGAUUUUCAAUAUUUUUCAGAUCGAGGAAUCUACUAUGACGAAGAAAACGAUCCAUUGAGUGCCCAUCUUUUCUCCAUUGCGGGGACGAAAUGGAAACAUUUAAGAUCCAAGUUAACACCCGCCUAUUCACCCGUUAAAUUAAAAGGCAUGUUCGAUAUUAUUCUCAAAUGCGGAGACCAAAUGGCCGAUCUUAUCAAGGAGGUCGCUAUGGAUAAAGGCGAACUUGAAAUAAAGGAAGUUCUUGCAAGAUAUAGCACGGACGUUAUAGGCUGUUGUGCUUUUGGUUUGGAUUGCAAUACAAUGAGAGAUCCUGAAGCAGAAUUUCGGAAAAUGGGCAAAAGGGCUUUUACGCAAACAAUUGGUGAUGUCAUUAAAAUGAUUAUUAUAAGAAGUUUUCCUUUCUUGGCCAAACUUUUGAGGAUCGGAGUUUUUUCAGCUAAGGUAAAAAAGUUCUUUCAAAGAAUCGUCAAAGAUACUAUGGAUUAUAGGGAAGUUAAUGGAAUUGAACGAAAAGACUUUUUACAAUUACUUAUUGAGUUAAGGCGCAAUGGAAUAAUUGCAGAAGAUGAUAAAAGUCAGGUAAAUAUUGAUCCUGGAAAAACCCUAACAACCGACGAAGCAGCAGCCCAGGCUUUCAUAUUCUUCUUAGCAGGAUUUGAAACUACUUCAACUACAAUUAGUUUUGCUCUGUUUGAAAUGGCUUGCAAUCAAGAAAUCCAAGCCAAAGCUCGGCAGGAAGUACUUGAAGUACUAUCCAAACAUGGUGACCAACCUACUUAUGAAGGGCUUCUGGGGAUGAAAUACUUAGAUAUGGUUAUAUAUGAAACUCUUAGAAAAUAUCCACCGGCACCGGUUUUCUUGCGAAAAUGCACCAAACGUUACCUUAUUCCAAAGACUAAUUCAUAUAUUGAAGAAGGUCAAUCCGUGUUAAUACCUUGUUUAGGACUGCACAGAGAUCCAGAUUUCUUUCCAAAUCCAGAAGAUUUUGAUCCAGAAAGAUUUAGUGACGAAAACAAAUUGCAAAUAGUGGAUGGUUCUUAUAUUCCAUUUGGGUCUGGACCAAGAAAUUGUCUUGGUAUGAGAUUUGCAAUGGUACAAGCGAAAAUCGCUUUAACACUUAGUCUUAUGAAUUUUAAAUUUGAACUUAGUGAACGUACUAUACUACCGUUAAAAAUGGAAACUAAAGGGAUUAUUUUAUCUCCAAUAGGAGGACUUUGGAUUAAAUUUACUCCAAGAAAUAUUUAGUUUUAGUAUAUUUGUGAAUAAUAUAAUUUAUCUUUUUGUUA